AUGCCGAUGGCGGGAGCCCGGGGAUCAUCCCAAGCGGAUGGCACUACGCUGCUCCCAGGUGCCGGGCGACGCUUGCUGGCCGACUUGAGGCGGCUUCAGGACGAGCCGAUCCCGCUCGCCAACGCCAGCCCGUGUUCGGAUGCGGACCUCUCCCUGUGGAACGGCGUGAUCGGCUGCGAGAUGGAGGUCACGCACAUCGGGUUUGUGACUGUGCCGCUGCACUUCCUGAUCGAUUUCCCCAGCGACUACCCGACUGGUGCCCCCAACAUCGGUUUCUCUUUCGAGUUCGGGUACAGGGGCGGGGCCUCUUACACCGAGCACAGCGGCAGGCUGAGAGGCAAGAAGGUGAUAUGCUUGGACAUCCUCGGCAACUUCGGCCACGUCCACACGGAGUGGAAGCGCGAGGUUGGCAGCGGCUGGAGUCCAGCUUACACGGUGAGCACCCUCCUCAUCCAGUUGCAGGCGGUGCUCUGCAGCUUGGGCGCCCAGCAGUCUCAGCAGGAGCGCGACGUGACCUACCAGACCGCCGUGCGCUUCUGCGAGCGGAACCCUGGCGCGGUGCUCGAGAUCAUGGACGAGGAGGAGCUCCGCGACGCGCGCGCGCGCCGCCGCCGCCGAGAGCAGCAGCUUCUCAAGGCGUGCGGCGGCGACGAAGCGCUCGCCGAUCGCGCCCGCGCCAUAGCGCACAAGGCGGGCGUCACCGCGCGAGGGGACCUCAUGGACUCGUUCCUGGACCUGCUGUCCGAUGUCGCGAGUACGGGCUGCGGCUCCCACGCCAGCGCCAGCGAGCAUGAGCCGUGCGAGCCCGCCGUCGACGCGAACAUCUGCUGCUGGAGCACGGGCAAGCUGUACACGGAGUCGCUGCUAGGGGUCGGGCUCAGCCGCGAGAAGCGGAACCUGGCCACGGCCGCGGAGCUGCUCUCCAAGGAGGCGUUCGACGGCGGUUUGCGCCAGAACACCGACAAGUCCGCCUUCGAGUUCUUCCUGCCCGUGUGGAUCAACCAGUCGCACGCGGCCGAGCGCAAGGAGUGGCGCGAGGUCCUGCUGAACAGUUGCGGCACGAUAGGCUCCAAGGUCUACGAGGUCACAGACCAAGACGAUGCCAUCCUCGAGGUGUUCCCGCGCCUCAUCAACCAGAUGGUCGUGGAGAUGAUGAAGCCCGAGGCGGCAAAGAGCGAGGCGAUCGCGUUGUUUGAGGCUCUGUGUAACUUCUGGCGCACCUUCCGGUGGCUGGUGGACACCCGGGACUCUUUACGCAAGAAGGUCGGCAAGGCGUUGUCGAGCUUCGUGGCCGAGGAGAAGUUUCGGCUUAAGGACCGCUGCCCCGACAUCGGAGCGUUGCUGGUGCAGUACACCGUGCUGCAGGACGACCCAGCCUGCCCGAAGCGCCAGGACUUCAUCGAUGCGUACUCCGACGAGUGCUCGCUGCGCUGGGUGAUGUGGUGGCAGCGCUCCAACACGAGACCAGAGGCCACUGCGGUGUUCGAGGCCACCAGGGUAUCACGCGAAAUCCUGAUGUUCCAGAUGAUGGUCAUCGACGUCGUCAUCGGCGACGUGGCGCUUACCGUGAGGGACAUGGAAGCAUCCAACUGCAAGCUACCUGCGCGGCUGGAAGAGCUCCAGGCGCGCUGGCGGGAGCGAAAGCAGACCGUCCGCGACUGGGCCGGGUACUUCACGUGCAUCGGGGCCACACGGCCGCAGGCCGCGGGCCUGUCCGAUUGGGUGACGAGUUGUGCCAGGCGCGCAGCCGACAGGGGGCCCAAGUACGACGGAAGCAAGGGCGCUUGCAAGGGCGGAAAGGGCAGCGCGAAGGGCAAGGGCAAAGGGCGGUGA